CGCCUCUGGUCUUCAUACGCAGGUGUAUGUUUUCAGAGAUGAAGACUCUCACGAAUCAAGUCGAAACAAUUUAAAAAACAUUUGUCUCUAUCAUUAAUGUAGCUUUUUUGGUUGUUUUUCCCUCGCGGACAUGGGCUGCGCAAUAUCAGGAUUGGGUUUAGUGCCAAAGCAAGUCGGAGAAGUGAAGGAAGAGGUUCCCAUUGUACAUUUAAGUGAGGAACACAGAGAGAUGAUAAAGGAUACGUGGAGAGUCAUCCAAGAAGAUAUCGCUAAAGUUGGAAUAAUAAUGUUUGUCAGGUUGUUUGAGACUCAUCCAGAAUGCAAAGACGUUUUCUUCCUGUUCCGAGACGUGGAGGACCUGGAGAGGCUGAGGACCAGCAAGGAGCUCCGAGCUCAUGGCCUACGGAUAAUGUCUUUCAUUGAGAAAAGUGUGGCUAGACUUAACCAGAUGGAACGACUAGACCAGCUGAUCUUGGACCUGGGCAAGAGUCACUAUCGCUACAAUGCCCCACCCAAGUACUACUCGUAUGUGGGGGCCGAAUUCAUAAGAGCGGUCCAGCCGAUCCUGAAGGAUAACUGGACCCCACAGGUGGAGGAAGCUUGGAAGACAUUAUUCCUGUACAUAACCACCAUCAUGAAGCAAGGGUACCUAGAGGAGGAACAGAACCAGAAAAAUGCCAUGGGCAACACCAGCCGAGAGAGACCGGAGAAGAGGCUUAACCUCAUCUAGGACCGCUGGAGGUGCAAACUGUACUGUACUUGUGGAUCCAAUAGGGGCUUGCAUCUACAAUAUCACUUAACACGUCUUGUCAGAAUAGUUGAUGAAACAUGCAUUACAAUGCAGUGGCCAGUAUAAUACAUGUGUCCAGUUACAUAUAUACAUGUUUUGUAUGUUGACUUUUUGUACCCAUCUUAUGCUUCUGGAAUUGUAAUGAACAGGAACAGCUUGUGUUAGAUUAUGUACUACUUAGGUUUAGGCUUAUUUGUACUCAUAUGGGUAAAUGUCAUUCAUCUGUCAGUUAUGUAUAGUUGUUUUUUUUAUAUAUUUAAAAUGUUAAAUCCUACUGUAAAA